GCGAUUCGCUGGAUUCUAGCCGGUCGUCGCUGGAUUCUAGCCAGGACGCUGGAGACUGGAGAGGUUGCAGUGUUCAAUUUACCACAAUUGGCAAAAGCAUGUCGGCGAAUGCAUGGCUCGAGAACGCGGACCUGGUCACCAAGUACCAAGCGCUCAGUGGCCUCAACACCAGCACGAUCGGCGUCAGCGCGACGCCUACCAAGCCGGAUGCAGCCAUCACCGUGCGCCUCAACAAGGUCAACUUGACCUGGGACGACCUCCCGCCGCUCGCCAAACUCGCCAUUCUCUGGGACAUGGGUUUUGUCCCAUCCAACCCAACCGUCGACGUGAACGCUCUCAGCCGCAUCUACACGCGCUGCGUCGGCUCGGUCGGCGAGUCCAUGGCCAGCAUCGCGCUCCCCAAGACCGACUUUUUGGCUUCCCAGAGCGACGCCACCACGCGGCCGUGCAAUUCGGCGACUUCGGGCGUCUACCUCCGGCAAGAAAACUCGAAUGGCGGCCGCCUGCGCCCGUACACGCGGUGCGCAACGGCCAAUAUCACGAUGGGCAACAUCAAGGACAGCCACAGCAGCAUGUGGGCGCAAGACGGCCAGGGCCUCGGCGCAGCGCCGUACCCGAACCUGCAGCGCCACGCGUGGAACGACAAGGAGUUUUGGCUCAUCUUCGCCAUCCACACGCAAGAGCUGGUGAGCGAGCCGCAGUGGGGCACAUGUCCGGACAAGACGACGCCCGCCGGCGCGACGUUUCCGUGCCAGGUGUUUGACGGCAGCGUGCCGCCGACAGGGUGGUGUGUGCCCUCCAACUCGCAAGCCAUGGACGCAUGGCUCAAGACGAUUGCGACGCAAAAGGCCAACGCGACGCCUCGUCCGUCGACCAGCGCGCCGACCGCCGCAUCCACAAUGGCGUCGGCGAGCAGCUUCCCAAUCGCUGCCAUCAUUGGCAUUGCCAUCGGUGGCGGCUUGCUGCUGGGUCUUGGCGUCUGGUGGUGUCUCUCGCGCCGGCGCAAGCACAGCGAGACCGAUGUGCACACUGACUACAUCGAAAUGGAGUCGCGUGCUCCCCGGUACUCGAUGACCAACUCGACGCAGCCGACGCAGACCCGGACAGGGUCGUACCAGCCGAUCACAACCGCCUCGCACACGCUCAACGAAUUCCAGCGCGAUCAAGAACUCAUCAAGAAACGCGUCCCGUACUCGGCUGUAGUUUACUCGCGUCUCUUAUCCAAGGGCGCGUUCGGCGAGGUCUGGCUCGGUUCGUUCAACGGCCAAGUCGUCGCUAUCAAGCGCCUUCUCGACUCCAAGCGGACGUCUGAGGCCGAGAUUGAAGGCUUUGCCGACGAGAUCCGCCUCAUGGCAUCCUUCACGCACCCCAACAUUGUCCGUCUAAUCGGGUUUGCCUGGAACUCGCUCCAGAACCUCUGCGCCGUCACCGAGUACAUGGCGAAUGGCGACCUCUACGGCUAUUUGCACUCGCACCAGCAGCUGCAAUGGCAGCGCGACGAGAAGAUCAAGAUCGCGCUCGGCAUCGCCCACGCUCUCGCGUAUCUGCACAGUCUCUCGCCCAAGAUCAUCCAUCGCGACCUCAAGAGCAAGAACGUACUCAUUGGUGACGAUGGCGAGGCCGAGUUGAGCGACUUUGGCAUCUCACGCAAGCGCACACAAGACGAGACGAUGACGGCGGGCGUCGGCACGAUCUUUUGGACGGCGCCCGAGGUGCUGCUCGGCGAACACUACUCAGAGAUGGCCGACAUUUACUCGUUUGGCGUCGUGCUCUGCGAGAUGGACACGCACGCGUCGCCGUUGGCCGAGUACAAGGGUCUUCCGCAAGCCACGAUGAUCCACCGCAUCACGAACGAAGGGCUUCGCCCGUCCUUGCUGCCGACGUGUCCGGAGCACGUGCAGUCGCUCGCCGCGCGGUGCAUGGCCCGAGACCCAAAAGACCGGCCGUCGGCGCACGAGGUGGUCGCGAUCGUGCAGCGCUGGAGCGAGUAGUCCGUCAACGUCUGGCGAAGUGAUGUCCAAGAUGCAAUAUAUUCUACUCGUUUGUGAUGCA